AAAUAAAAGGCAUGCGAACAUUCCCCUGUGCCGUAGUGGUUGGUUGCAUAGGCGGUUGUAUAAUCGAAAACAAAAAUCUCAAUCCCACGUGCCUCUUUUAUUUCUUUCCUUGUUCUCUUUCACUCAAUUCAAUUCCCCCACUUUCCUCUUUCUCUUCAGGAUCGGCGGUGGGAUUGUAGAAAUGGAGACAGUUCGCACAAUUCUGACCCACCCUUACCCCUACCCGCACGAGCAUUCCAAACACGCCGUGAUCGCCGUUGUUGUGGGAUGUUUCUUCUUCAUAUCAUCUGAUAAUAUGCACACACUGAUUCACAAGCUAGAUAAUAACAUUAAGUGGUGGUCUAUGUACGGAUGUUUACUAGGUUUUUUCUAUUUCUUUUCGUCUCCCUUUGUUGGCAAGACAAUUCAACCUAGCUACUCCAAUUUUAGUAGAUGGUAUGUAGCCUGGAUUUUAGUCGCAGCGGUUUAUCACCUACCUAGCUUUCAAUCGAUGGGAGUCGAUAUGCGGAUGAAUUUGUCCUUGUUUUUGACUAUUUACCUUUCGUCCAUAUUGUUUCUGCUUGUUUUCCAUCUUAUUUUUCUCGGUCUGUGGUAUGUCGGUCUUGUGGCUCGUGUGGCCGGCCAGAGGCCCGAGAUCCUCACCAUUUUCCAGAAUUGUGCUGUGUUGAGUAUAGCGUGCUGCGUGUUCUAUAGUCAUUGUGGCAAUCGUGCAAUAAUGAAAGAUAAAACGUUUGAGCGAAGAAAUUCCAGCUGGUUUAAACUGUGGAACAAGGAAGAGCGCAAUACAUGGAUUCAGCAAUUUAUUCGAAUGAACGAGUUAAAAGAUCAAGUAUGCUCGUCUUGGUUUGCGCCAGUUGGAUCGGCUAGUGAUUAUCCACUUCUGUCCAAGUGGGUGAUAUAUGGGGAGAUAGCUUGCAAUGGCCCAUGUCCAGGAUCAUCUGAUGGAAUAUCUCCCAUAUAUUCUCUGUGGGCUACAUUUAUAGGUCUGUACAUGGCGAAUUAUGUGAUCGAAAGAUCAACAGGAUGGGCUCUUACUCAUCCUGUGUCUGUGAAAGAGUAUGAGAAGCUAAAGAAAAAACAAAUGAAGCCUGAUUUCUUGGAUAUGGUUCCGUGGUAUUCAGGGACAUCAGCUGAUCUUUUCAAAACAGUCUUUGACCUCUUGGUUUCAGUAACUGUUUUUGUUGGACGUUUUGACAUGCGUAUGAUGCAGGCUGCAAUGAGCCGGGUUCAAGAAGGAGUUAAACAGGAUGAUAUGUUAUAUGAUCACUUCAGUGAGAAGGAUGACCUUUGGUUUGAUUUUAUGGCCGAUACAGGUGAUGGUGGAAACUCAUCUUACAGUGUUGCACGCCUUCUUGCUCAACCUUCACUUCGUGUUCAGAGUGACAGUUCUGUCCUUAAUCUACCACGUGCAAAUCUGCUUAUUAUUGGAGGCGACCUGGCGUAUCCGAAUCCUUCAGCAUUUACAUAUAAGAGACGGUUCUUUCGUCCCUUUGAAUAUGCUCUUCAGCCUCCUACUUGGUAUAAGGAUGAGCAUAUAGCUGUCAACAAGCCAGAACUGCCUUCUGGGGUAUCUGACUUGAAGCAAUACGAUGGGCCUCAGUGUUUUGUAAUACCGGGAAAUCAUGAUUGGUUCGACGGACUUCAAACCUAUAUGAGGUACAUUUGUCAUAAAAGCUGGUUGGGCGGGUGGUUCAUGCCUCAGAAGAAGAGCUACUUUGCUAUGCAGCUACCGCAGAGAUGGUGGAUAUUUGGUCUUGAUUUAGCUCUGCACGGUGAUAUUGAUGUUUAUCAGUUCAAGUUCUUCUCUGAAUUGGUUAUGGACAAGGUUGGAGAGAAUGAUUCCGUGAUAAUUGUGACACAUGAACCUGGUUGGCUUCUUGAUUGGUACUGGGAUGAUGUGAGCGGGAAAAAUGUUUCACACCUGAUAUGUGACUAUUUGAAGGGUAGGUGUAAACUCCGGAUGGCUGGAGACUUGCAUCAUUUUAUGCGACACUCAUAUGUUCCAUCUGAUAAACCAGCUCAUGUGCAACAUUUACUUGUCAAUGGUUCUGGUGGAGCUUUUUUGCAUCCUACUCAUGUAUUCAGUAGUUUCAAUAAAUUAUAUGGAACUUCGUAUAAGUUUGAAGCAGCCUAUCCUUCUUGUGAAGAUUCAAGUAGGAUUGCACUGGGAAACAUAUUGAAAUUCCGAAAGAAAAAUUGGCAGUUUGAUUUCAUUGGUGGUAUCAUAUACUUUGUCUUAGCGUUUUCUAUGUUCCCACAGUGCAAGCUGGACCAUCUCUUCAAGGAUGAUACAUUUUCUGGUCAUCUCAAGAGCUUCUUUAGUACUGUGUGGGAUGCUUUUAUGUACAUGCUUGGACAGUCUUAUGUAUCUUUAGCUGGUACCUUGUUAUUGUUAGCAGCUGCUAUCGCAUUUGUACCUUCUAAAGUUUCUCGAAAAAGAAGGGCAAUAGUUGGAUUUCUUCAUGUUUCUGCACACUUGGCUGCAGCAAUAAUUCUCAUGAUGCUUUUAGAAGUUGGUGUUGAAACAUGUAUCAGGCAUAAACUAUUGGGAACAUCAGGUUAUCACACUUUAUAUGAAUGGUAUCGCACAGUUGAGAGUGAGCAUUUUCCAGACCCAACUGGCCUCCGUGCUCGUAUAGAACAGUGGACAUUUGGGCUGUAUCCAGCAUGUAUCAAGUAUCUUAUGUCUGCCUUUGAUGUUCCAGAGGUCAUGGCUGUCACAAGGAAUGAUAUGUGUAACAAUGGAUCCGAUUCAUUUUCCCGCGGUGGUGCUGUGAUAUAUUAUGCUUCCGUGUUCCUGUACUUUUGGUUCUUUACCACUCCUGUGGUUUCGUUGAUUUUUGGAAGCUAUUUGUACAUCUGUAUUAAUUGGUUGCAUCUGCACUUUGAUGAAGCCUUCUCUUCACUCCGUAUAGCCAAUUACAAAGCAUUUACACGCUUCCAUAUUAAGAAUAACGGCGAUCUUGAGGUUUUUACGCUUGCAGUUGACAAGGUUCCUAAGGAAUGGAAGCUGGAUCCUGAUUGGGACGGAGAAUUGAGACAGCCUCAGCAGCCAAGCCACCUCAGAAAGUUUCCUAGCAAGUGGAGAGCAGCUUCAUCUCAGCAGGAUCCAGUUAGCACUGUUCGGGUUGUAGAUCACUUUGUAAUUGAACAAACAGAAAAAUUUGAUAUGCGGUCGAGUAACGGGCAAAUUUCAUGAUGAUUUGGUACCUAAUUCUUUGCGCACUAGUGAAAAUAGUAUUAAAAACAAUAUAUGGCUGUAGGGAAUGUUUGAAGGUACUUCACGGUGGCCAACACAGAUGAGAGUGAAAAAAUCAUGCUACUUCGUGUUCCUUUUUGACCCAUUGUUGUGCACAUUUUAGUAAUAACUUAAUUCUAGUUAUUCAUAUCGAACAUUGUAGCUAUAAAUGAAAUUUAGAUCGCCCUAGGUAUAAGUUCGCACGUGAGAUAGUAUUUUCAGUCCACCGGUUUUUGUUUUUGGCGGAUGUCCUGUAUUUGUCCAGUGUGUAAUGUAGUUCUAGAUUUUAUAAGGCUGGUUCGCUAACUAGCUGAAUUCAUGUUGUAAUAUGCAACUCUUGAAUAGUUUGUGUGUAUAUAAAAUUACCAUUCAACA